AGGCUUUGGCGGCCAAGGAUAAUGACGUUCCGUUUUACGUGGCCCUUCCUUCCAGCACCAUCGACUGGCGGAUGACGGAUGGAGCCGAAAUCCCCAUCGAACAGCGAGGGGAUGAGGAAGUGAAAUAUGCGGAGGGCCUUUGCGAGGACGGCAAACGACGCAAGGUGUUGCUGACCCCUGCAACGAGCGGUGCUGGCAAUUGGGCGUUUGAUGUGACGCCCGCGCGGCUGGUGACUGGCUUAAUCACAGAACGAGGUCUGAGUCAUCCUUCCGAAGAAGGUCUCUUGAAAACCUUCCCGGAGCAGGCAUCGACUGGGCUUUAGCGGCCAAAAAACAGCACCGGCAGCGGCUGCGGCUGG